UCCCACUUCAAACGUCGACGAGCGGCCUUUCACCUGCCCGGUCACUCCACACUGAUACUUGCGCAAUGAUGGCCAUAUCUAGGCCGUGAAUGGACUCCGAAACAUGGUGGCCGUGCCCAAGCCUCUCUGCGAACGCCCUCUUCCGUGCUCAAGUUUCCAAGGCGACCUGCUAUGGACAACGACGACCUGCUCCCGGCGCCGCUCGUGCCUCCGGUCGUGGAUGAGGCCGAGCUGAUAGGUCUCCCCGGCACAGAAACGCCUGCUUUUGAAGAAGAACCGGCCGAAGAGCUUGACCCUCCCCUCGAUACCGCUGAGCAGCAAGGCCUCUUGCUCGACGAGAGCGCCGACGGCCCGUCUGGACAAGAUGGAGCAAGCUGCGCGCUGCCACUACGCCCUGGGCUUCGAAGGGAUAACUCGGUCCCUACACCAGCGCCACUUCAUCUGCCUCCGCCCGCACCGCCUGCGCCGCCCCCAGAUGCUAACCAGCCGACCGAUUCCCUCUCGCUGAUGCAGCUGCGAAACCUCGUCAAAGACCUGCCCAGAGUCGAGCCUACCCCAUACGCCUUCACAUACGAGGACGCUUCGUCGUUCGAAGAUGAGUUGGAGGAGUGGUUCUCGUAUAGUGUGGAGGAACAGGCUAUGCUGUUGAAGGCUCAGGCAUCGUUUGGUCAGGAGUGGGGCACGUUUAACGGCAUCAACAAUACCACAUACGAAGACGGCGGACUGGAUUGGACGACGGCAACGCAUCAACAGCAGACCAAGUUCGUGCAGUACCUCCUCAGCGUGAUCAAGCAGCCAGAUCCCGUCUCCAGACUGAAAAAGCUCGAGGCCCUUGUAUACAUUCUUCUCGGAUGUUGGUAUGAGAGUGCCGGUCUUACUCCAGGAUCGAAUGACGACGCCGCAUCCCAGCAAAGCUCGCCCAUAGAGAAGGCUCCUUCUCGCGGAGCGUAUGAUAAAUCCGCACAGCAAAUUUUGUUGAUUCGACAGAAUGUCUGUCUGCUCGCCGAAACAGGCGGUCUCCAAACGUUGGUCGAUGAGCUUCGCUCCUCCUGUCUCAGGGCUUGCGGUGUCGACGUGGCGCCCAACGCUCCGCGCGAUGGCAAGGAGGCUGAGCGCCGCGAGGUGUGGUGUGCCAUGACCGCAGUUUACGUCGUCCUUGAAGUAGCACGUAUCGAGGAAAAGGAGAACGGCGAUUUGAGCAUCAGAAGCGCCAUAUUGGCUCUUCAUGAGCCUGGUCUUUUGAUGCUGCUAGUUGAGGUUAUUUCAAAGCUGCGAUGGGACGAUUCUAUAAACCUCCCGCUUUCCAAAGUCUGCUUGCUUACUUGGAAGACCACCCUCGUCGUUUUCGGUGGCCUGGUCGAGGUUGAGAAGGCAAAAGACUCCUUCAACAAAGGCAAGGGCCUCAAAUCUGCUGAUGCAAGAGGUCAACCUCUCAUAACAGCAUCGCCGUUGGAUUACCAUUUGUUCCGACAGGAAAUCCUGUCUAAAUAUCCUGCGUAUAAUCCUCCGCCUCCUCUAUUCCCUUUGGAGCCUGAGAACAACUCUAUUCUCCCGCCACUCAAGAACCAUCCGAGCAAGGCUGCUGGAAACCAUGUCUUUGGUUCCGGUCUUGGUGACAUGAGCGGCAACAACACUUCGAUUCUUCACCAACCUGUGCACAUAGCGACCCCUGCGCCAUCACCUCCGCCAUCUCCCGCAGGUCCUGGCGGAAAGGGUGGCAAGAAGCAGAAUUACCAGACAAACCAAAUGUUCCCGUUCCUGUAUCCACCACUAGAUGAAUCUAGCAAUAAGCUCGGCGGAAAGGGCUCGACUGACCUGCAAGAUUUGCUCGUCGGCCGGAAAUGGGAAGGACCGGACAUUCCCACUUCGAUUCUGGAGGCAGCCGAGCUCUUUGCGAAGCGCAUGAGGGCGACGCGUGCCAUGAAGCAAUUGUGGGAAGAGCGUGUGCAGUUCAUGAAAUAUGAACGAGGCUGGUCCGGCGCGGAUGAGAACACGGGUGUCGACGAGCUAUCCCUGGAACACAAGGUAGGAGAUGCUCAGAAGGAGCCGCCUGAGUCCGGGAGUACUGAGGAGAGAAUGGCCUUGGUGGAGAAAUUCUAUCGGCUAGCUUUGCCAGAUCUUCAAUCCGUUAUAAUUGUUCUCAUCAAGGCUAUUCUGUCCCAUGUCACCGCUCUGGUCACGCAAGCGAAUGGGCCGAACAGUCUUCAGAGUGGUUUCCAGUUCCAAGACAACCAGAACGGGACAGGAAGGCCCGAAACAAACGGAGUCAACGGUCACAGCGGCACUGUAGCCACGAAUGAAGAGGUAGAUGCGAUGCGGACGCAGGAGGUGCUUGAUAAGGCCGUGUCUGGCAUCCUGAUAUUGAUUCUGAAAUGGUUCAAGGUUUCCCACAUCUUAAAAUACGAGUACAUCACACAGCUUCUCGUGGAUUCCAGCUACGUGCCGCUGAUUUUGAAGCUCUUGCAGCUGCAAGAGAUUGAGAAAGUGGUCAAUUUCAAGUGCGAGCAAGAAGAGCUUAAUUUCUUCUAUUUCUGUCGAUCCCAUUCUAGGAUUGGAGUCGAUGAGGAAAAGCCUGUGGACAAGCCUGAAGUUGACUCUGACUCGGAUGACGCCGUCCCUCCGCCGAUCCGGAUGCAUCGUGAUGAAAAUCCGAACCCCGAGUCGGAGGUAGAGCAAUCACCUCUCCCGGCCGUGCCGCAGCCACCAGAGGUUGACGAGCUGGGCUUUCCGACAAGCGAGCUUCCCAAAGAGCCGAUAACGAACUUCUCAUGGCGCGCUUUCUUUACGUCCAUCAACUACCUACGGAUCAUGCAGAAAAUCUGCAAGAACAAGGCACACCGAAAUCUUAUGCUUGUAUCGUACAAGUCAUCGCAGUUCCUCCGGAAGAGCCUCAAGGUGCCGCAACCUGACCUAAGACUCUACACGCUGAAGCUCUUCAAGAACCAGGUUCCUUACUGUGGGAGAAAGUGGCGCCAGUCCAACAUGCGCGUCAUCACCGCCGUCUACCUACACUGCAGGCCGGAGCUUCGAGACGACUGGCUCGCAGGCAGCGAUGUUGACGCUGAAGUCGACGAGAGCGUUCCUCUCGAGCAAGCGCUACGAGCCUUGACGCAUUGGCACAACUUGAAGAGAUACCCCGAAGGCAUGGGCGCGAAGAGCGGUGUCCUGGAAGAAGAGCAGGAUUUCUUCAAGCGAGAGCUGGAGAAAUUUGAUUGGCCAGACGAAUCUGUGAAUGAUCCUGACAUGGAGCCGAUGUCUAUUGAAAGUUGGUGAUGGGCGAUCAUUUUGAGCUUCGCUUCAAUCGGACUGGGAAAGUAGAUGUUGACAACCCGCCAGGGCAAGUCCUCCCCCGACCGCAUACACA